AUGUCAAAGCCUUUGAACCCGAACGCCCAGUCCUUCCACCCUGAAAAGGAGGCACUCGCCAUCACCUUCGCCUUCUCUCGCCGGCAGCCGCAACAGCUUCUUCUGCCUUUGCUUCCUCUGUCGCAGGCGUGGCCGCCGGUUCCGGCCUUCCUCCCGGACGGGCCUUGUGGUCCGUACGGGCAAGUCAUCUAUGAUGCUGGCGCACAGCCUGAGCCGAUUCAGAAGUUGAAGGGUCCCGAGGUGUUUGAAAGGGUGGAUAGGGGACCGAGGUGCCAGGUGCAGAGACCGAGGCUUUUGAAUCGAAAGGCUAGUAGUGUGAACUGCAGAGGGAAAGUUUGGAUCCCAAAGAAAGAAGGGAAGAGUUGUGUAAGUAAUGGCGUACUUCCUUUUCCUCCGGUUCUUGAAGUCAUGAACAACAACUUUCACAGGGGAAACUCGUCGAAGACGAUGAAUGCUGCUCCUGCUCGUAUUAUUCAUUUCCCUUCCACUCUUGAUGAAGUUAUAAGUUCUGACAAAACCACUGUCAUGAUCAAGAACAUCCCCAACCAGUUCAUAAGGGAUGAUCUGCUCGCUAUACUUGACAAACAUUGUCGGGAAGAGAACAUGAAGCCAGAGUCACAAUCGUGCAAGUCUGCCUACGACCUUGUCUAUUUGCCCAUGGAUUUCAGGAAAUUUUGGUAUCAGGGGAAGAUGACAAAUCUGGGGUACGCAUUCGUGAAUUUUACAAGUUGUAGGGCUGCAUUCAGGUUCUUCUUGUCAUUUCACAAACACGUUUGGGCCGUUACUGAGAACAAGAAAAUAUGUGAAGUCACUCUUGCUGAGCUUCAGGGAAAAGAGCCGUUGAUUGAUAGCUUCAAAAACAGGCUCUUCUGGUGUCAAACAUCCUCCUUCCUCCCUGCUGUUUUUGAGACUCCGAGGGACGGCUCGAACUUAUCCACGUUCACGACGGUUGGCAUACGUGUACCUCGCUCACCUCCCAAACGGCAACUUACUCGGGCGUUUCGUUUCCCUAAAACCUAG